GACGUCAUGAUGAUCGCACUGCCAGCAAAAAAGGAACACACCCUACAUAUACGGUGUUUGACAGUUUGACUAUGCUUUAACACUUUUAGCAGUUUAUUAGCUAGCAUUGGAACGCUGAAGUUAGAGUUGAACGGAUAUCGUUUCAGUAUGUUUUACAAUUGGAGUUCGAUAGUAGAGUAGUAGUAGCAGGGGGGUCGCGCGCGAACGGCAAGUCACUCGUUUUAUCGCACUGUAAUUUGCACUCGCGCGCACGGCAUGGAGACGUGAUUUCAUUUUUUUAGGGGGGGUAUGAGACAGCAAUCAAACAUCAAGGCGCACGCAUUGAAGCACAUUGUUGACGUAUUGUCAGUGUGAACUUUGGAAUUUCGCACUUUGAUCUUUUGUACGUUCAACGCAUCUUGACACGCACACUUUUUCUUCACACAUCUUUCUUCAAGGAACGCUAAAUUAAGUAGAAAAAGUGAACAUUUAUGUUUUCUAUAAAGUGUACAGUUUAAUACUAUUUGCUUAUUGCCAUGGGAGUGCUCACUUCCUUGAAACAAUCAUCAGUGGUACAUCUUAUGUUUGCUAUUACAUUUUUUACAUCUGGCUUGAUAAUAAAUUUCUUCCAAUGCAUUUUAUAUUUUGGACUAAGGCCCUUUUCCAAGUAUCUAUAUCGCAAGAUUAAUUAUUAUCUCUGUUAUUCCUUCUAUUGUCAGUUAGUAUUUAUGGCAGAAUGGUGGGCAGGAUCAGACCUGAUAUUGUACAUAGAUAAGAAGGAUUUUGAUAAAUAUUUCGGCAAUGAACAUGGCUACCUUUUAAUGAAUCACAGUUAUGAAACUGAUUGGUUGAUAGGUUGGCUAUUGUGUGAUCGCGUGAGGUUGCUAGGCAAUUGCAAAGCAUAUGCUAAGAAAUCAAUACAAUAUAUUCCAACGCUGGGAUGGGCAUGGAAAUUUGCUGAGAGCAUUUUUCUUGAGAGGAGUUGGGAGAAAGAUAAGGAGAAUAUUAAGAAUCAAAUUAAGGAAUUGGUUGAAUAUCCUGACACGAUGUGGCUUUUACUCUAUCCUGAGGGUACGCGCUUUACAUCAAAAAAAUUGGAAGCCAGUCAAAAAUUCGCCAUUGAAAAAGGUCUACCAGUAUUAAAAUAUCACUUAACACCACGCACAAAAGGCUUUACUGCCAGCAUUCCGCAUAUGAGAGGCAAAGCAACGGCCAUCUAUGACAUUCAAAUAGCAUUCAAACCAUCUGAUUCAAUAAAACCAACCAUGAAGAACCUCCUUUUAGGAAAAUCACUAGAGGGACAUAUGUAUGCCAAAAGAAUUCCUAUUGAAGAAGUGCCAGAGGGAGAAGAAGCUGCUGCCGAAUGGCUGCACAAACUUUAUCAGCAAAAGGAUCGUAUGACAGAGAGUUUUUAUAAGACUGGCGAUUUUUUUGCUACAAGCGGAGUACCUAGGACAGACUCAUUCAAGCUGAAAAGGAGAUAUUAUUCCCUCAUUAAUACUAUAUUCUGGGCGAUAAUUGUCCUUGUACCAAUGUUGUAUUAUCUUCUAAGGCUUCUUCUAUCUGGAUCGAUUAUCUACUUUCUCAUCGGAAUUGCAAUUAUAUUUUUAUUUUAUCUACUAAUGUACAAAACACUCGGAAUGUCAGAAAUAAGUAAGGGCUCAUCAUAUGGUGCGGCGGAUGCGAAAAAAGAUAAAUAAUUUGGAUGUAAUUGCUAACAAGGGAUGAUUCCUGAAAAGAAGGAUCAAAGCAAGAAUCAAGAAGAUUUUCAGAUGGUUUAGAGGAAAAAGAAAGAAAUUAUAGAAGGCAGAUAUGUAUACAUUUGAUUUAUACUUCCAUGUAAUUCAGUCAGUGACAAAUUCUUUGUAUAGAUUUAAUAUAUAAUACAUAUACACAGAUUUACAUAUACAUUAAGUGUAUAUAUAUACGUGUGUGUAUGUAUAUGUACAAGUGUGUGGGAUAUAUGUGUGUACGUAUAUGUGCGGAUGUACAUGCGUCUAUAUAGAAGGUGUUCGGUAAUAACCGCAUAUAUCUCUUAUAGGUAGAAUAAGUUAAUAAAUUGUAUAGGACAGUCUUCUACCGUUUUGUGAUUUUUACAAUAAUUAAUAAGAAAUUAAUUCUAAAAAAUUGGUCUAUCCGCACGAGUUAUUACCGAACAUUCUGUAUAUAUGUAUACGAGAGUAUCCUACUAUAAUUGAACAUUCCUUUUUAUUUUUUAAACUAAUUAUAAGGGAGACCAUAACAUAUACAUAUACACACACAUAUAUAUAUAUAUAUAUAUAUACAUCUCUGAAUUUAUUGCAGCACAUAUACACUUCUUUUUAGCUUAAAACAUUCAUCAUAAACCUAUCAUGAAUCUCAUCCUGAUUCACAUCUGCUUGCAAAAAUUUGAUAUCUGCAUGCAUCUCGAACUUGGAAUAAUUUUCGAUCACCGACUACUGGCCAUUUUAUUCGCUGGAAACUUUGAUCAAUGGAUGGAAGACAAUAACAUUUGCACGGAUGUUAUACUCCUUUCCAUGAAAUAAUAAUAGAUAUUCAUGACUUUGA